GUUCAGAUCGAGAACAACAUUUCCAAGAACGAUCUCGCGUUGACACGGUCCAUGAUAUAUUUCGAAGAUGCGUUUCCUCAGCAUCCGAACAAACCGAAGAACACAUCGGUGUCCCUUUAUCAAGAUACACCUAGCGGAAAGAUAAAAACCGGCUACAACAAAUGUAUAAAUACUUGGCAAGAUGCUAUCGCACGAAACGUAUAAACGACAGAAUGACUUCGUAAUGAAAGCUUGACGCGCGGUUCGAAGAUAAUCCACAAGUGUCUACUAAAAAUAAAGAGAAAAAAAAUUUCGUUGGCGUCUCAACCAAAACGUUAUGCUGUUGCCGGUAUUGGCCUGUGACGAAACUUCGAAUAUGUUUAGCCGACUUACAGUGUUCUUAUAUGCGUCCGUCUCGCUUGUUAUCUGCUAUGCCGUGACCAGUGCCGUUUGCAGUGUUGAGCUUUAUCAAAGGUCCUGUGCGCUGUCCUGCAAAGUGCCACAACCAAGGUCUCUGAUGGUGGCUGAUCUGGUUAACACAACCCUGAAGAUCAGGCCGUAUAUGACUGUGUUGUACAGAUGUGACGAAGGGAGUGGUUGUUGUGAAAAAGGAAGGACCUGCCAAGUGAAGGAUUUUGAUGACCUUAAAGUUCGAUUUCCAACCUUCAUCAACGAAGAAUAUGUUCUGCGUAACUACAUAAUCAGAAAUCAUACAGAAUGUUCAUGCCAAAGCAGCAAAAACAACAUAAAACGAUAACAAUGGUAGAAGAACAAGAAGAACAAAGAAAUAUUACUGAUCAGUAUUCGAAAUGAGCAUUUACUGGAGAGAUGAAACUCAAAGCAGUGUGUCCUGUUUAGACCGUUAUUUAAUUGAAGUGUGAUCAAUCAAAUAAAAAUAUAGAAAUUGUAUGAUAGUAUUCAGGUGGAGUAAGAACGAGAAAAUUUACUUGAACUCAAAUAUUUAUCUGAUAUGACAACUUUGUUUUUAUAAAGGUAUAUUUGUGCUAUUUGAAGUGGUUUGUGAAAUGGAGAUAUAUAUGUUUUUUAAUAAAAUGCUAAAAACUG